CUUUACAGUCGUUGCCGCCAUCAAUACCUCCAUUGUUGUUCUUUGUCGCCAUCAACACCUUCAUCAUCGUUCGCCACUGUUGCAGCUGUCGUCGCUCCUGCCAUUAAUGCCGCCAUUGCCAUUCGCCUCCGACUAGUUCACCAUCAACGCUUCCAAUUAAUCGCUUAAUCAUCGUCGCCUCCGACUACUUUGCCACUCAUUGCUUCGCUGUCGCUGCCACCUCUACCUCUGGUCACUCGUUGUUUCGCAUUGUCACAGACUGAUUCACCUUUGGUGAACACUAUUUCCCUCUCUUCUUUCCUUCUCUUUUAUCCCUCUCUUCCAUGCAACAAGAUUGUAGCCGUCGCCGCUGCCACCUUCACCAAACCCUCCACCUUCUUCGCUCUUUCGCUGUGUCGACCAUCUCUGAUGCUUCCCUCAAUCCAGCCAGUCACUGCUGCUUCACCCGAUGCCUUUGGCUACCAUUUCUACGCUCUUUCACCUCAAGUCACUGCUGCUGCAAAUAGGGAGGUCCAUUGUAAUUAAUGGACGAUUGGUGCUGCCUUAUUGUCCUCAUGGUUGCUAUCUUGAUCUCCAUCAAUAUCAAUCCUCAAUCCUCAAAUGUAUAUGGUCAGGAGGCUUCCACGUGCAUAUACAGCAAACCCAAAUCAAGAAAUGACUAAAGCUCUUCGUGACUUGCAUGGGAGAUAUAUCCUUCAUUGCUCUUAUAUUUAUAGCCUUUAAAUAUUAAGUACUUAUCCCAACUAGCUUGUUAGUCGCAUAUCGAAAAGAUAUAUACAUACAUACACACAAGAAUGGAUGCUCGUUAUCAGGCUUUGGUUGAAGCAAUUAAGGCUGGAGAUCUUAAAGUCCUGCGCCAAUUGAUUCUAGAAAAUCCAUUCAUUCUCACGGAUUUCUCACUUUUACCACCUCAAGAACCUCUGUUAUGUGUUGCUACAUGUGCAGACAAGCUCGACAUUAAUAUUGUGCAAGAACUCGUGAGACACAGGGCUGAACUGGCGAAAGAAUUGAACGGCCAUGGGCUCAGGCCACCGGACAUAGCUUCAAAGAAUGGAAACGUGGAGAUAGUGAGAGAGCUUGUCAAGAAUGACGCUGAAAUGUGUCGGCUCAAAGGCAAAGAUAAAAGAACGGCUCUUCACCAUGCUGCUGUCCAUGGCAGAGUUGAAGUCAUAGACGUGUUGGUCUAUGUUUGCUCAGAGUCCAUCAAAGAUGUAACAGCAAAAGGGGAAACUGCACUUCACCUUGCGGUGAAAAGCGGCCAGUUUGAAGCAUUUCGUGCCUUAGUCGACUGGCUUCUAAGGUCGGGAGAGGAAGCUAUCAUAAAUCAGGGAGAUUGUGAAGAAAACACUGUUUUGCACCUUGCAGCCUCAACAAAGCAGCUUGAAGUCAUAGAAUUAUUAUUGGAAAUAAGAACCACGGGUGUGAAGGUGGAUGUGAACGCCCAGAAUUCAAGAGGGUUGACAGCAGUGAAUAUAUUGAACGAAAUUAAGAAACCCACUCCAGCAGAUGUUGAGCUCAGAAAUGAUCUCAAAUCCGCCAGCGCAGUUGCGUCUAAGUCUCCUGUUGAGUCCCCGUUGGGAACCGAAGUACAAAACUUGCUGCUAGUAGUGGCUGUACUGUUCGUCACUAUCACUUUUCAAGGAGUCAUCAAUCCUCCUCAGUACAUAUUUAGUACCGAUUCGAGCGUUGGCAACUCAUCGACGUCGACCUCCGGAAACACCACCACCACCCCUAACACGAUCUCGGGAAACACCAUCAACACGAACAGUGUAAACAGCCCCGCGACGGUGACCACGAUGAUUACAUUAAUAGGAACCGUCGAAAACCAUUCAGUGUCGACGCUGUUUUUGUUUUUUAACACUCUGGUGCACACCGCGGCAUUUACAACCAUAGAGCUGGUCACUCGUCGACUUGUUUUCCGACGGGAGCUUCUUGUGUCCACCUGUUGUGUGUCGGUUAUUUAUGGUUUUUUAGUGGCCAAACUUGCCGUCAAAGAAUCUGUCCCAUCUUACCUUCUGUAUAUAGCCUUCUUUCUGCCAGCCAGCCAGCAUGAGACAGUUGCCAGAGUGGGCAUUCAAAGUUUGGAAAUGGCUGAGACAACGCCGUGUGGAGCGGCGUUGGACGCAAAAUAAUGCUGGGUAAUUGAAGGCCAGGAACGGACGUUGUAAUAAAUUAUGGGACUGUGAUGCAUCUCCAAUUUUGGAGAUGGUUUUGUUUCCUUGUGCCAUCGUCAUUAAGUAUAGAAAGCUAGAAUUUAAACUAGACGUCUAUGGGCAUGUGUGUCAUGUGCAGGAAUUUGAGUUGUUAGAAUGUGCAGGAAAUUUGAAGAGUUGGAAGUUAUGUCAAGUUGAAAAGUCACAAGAGAAUCAAUUUGUGUCAAGAUGAAGAGUCAUAUGUAAUGCUAUAUAAAGAGCAUUUUAAGCUAUUUUCAUGUGUGAGAUUAAUCAAAAACAAAGAACAAUUUAAUUUAAUUAAUUUCUUCUCCAGUCUGUCCAAUUCUUCUUUUGUUUUUUUUUUUUUUGUCAUGAAAUACUUCACUUAAUUCUUACUAGUACGCUCUCUUUCUUUUUCAACUUUGGGAUGGAGAUUCAUCUUAAUUUGUUCACCCUCCCUAGAUUCCUUUUAUUCCAAAGCUUUUCAAACACUCCAAACUCAUCAGAAGUCAAGAGAGAGAUUCACCAAGCGAAGCACUGAACAGUAAACAUGCACGCUGCUAAUUGUGGCUACGCGUGGUGGGGUGGUGUUCAGUAAUGGAAAAACAAGUGGUCUCAUCAGAACUUUUGGGACAUGAAUCUCUGAUCCUAGGCCGUCUUUUUUUGUUUUUCGUUUGCCAACACUAUGGGGGUUUUACCCUCACGUGUUGUGAUAACUCAUCUCACUGAGGAUGAUGGGCAUCCUUUCCAGCUGGAGGUUAGGAUGUCUACAUUGCCUAUGUUAAUGUUCACCUAUCGUGCUUCAAUUGGCAAUCUUGCUGGCCAAGCAUCUUGCCCCCCUUCUGUUGGGAUUAGCCAUCAUUCUGCCAUGUUUUAAAAGGUGGUUGCCAGCUGGGUGCACAUUGAAAGCUCGCUCGGAACUGGCUGGAACAAGUUUUACCCAAAAAUGGAAUGCAACUUGCAACAUAAAGUGGAUUGGAUGCAUUGCUUGAUAAUUAAGCAGGUGUUUAUGUUUGCUGAUUUAUGUAUUUUUAAUAUUUAUUAGUAAAACAUUCGUUUCUUAGAAUCUCGUUUAUUUUUUAGUUAAAG